AUGAUGAAUUUCCUGGUUGGUUUGCUUCCUAUUAUACUUAUUACAACUAAUUCCCAGAUUUUAGAAGCUUUAGAAUUGAAAUCUAAAAAGUCCGACUUUGUAUUUCAGAAAACUUUAAAAACAAAUAGUAUAUGUCAGACAUUGGAUUGUAAAGUACACAAAGGCUAUAUAGGUACCAGUCCAGGUGAAUGUUUCUUUGUAACUCGUUGUAGUAAUUGUAAAAGGGCGACAAAAUUGCAUUCUCCAGCUUCUUUUUGUUCAACUUUUUCUUCUUUUUCCGAAGAAAUUACUUUAUUUCAAGGUUUUCUACAGUUAGAAAAUAUAGUAUCAAAAUCAGAUAAUAAUGAAGAUGCAGAUUCUCUUUUAGAUUCAGGAGAUGAUAAAGAUAAUAUAUCUGAUUCAAUAGAAGAUUCUAAAGAUUCUGAAGACUUUUCAAAAAAGGAUAAAAGUGAAUUAGAUAGUAAACAAGAAGAAGUUUCUAGUCAGAUAGUGAAUGAAGAUGAUGAAAGUGUAAAUAAUAUGUAUUCCUUAAAUUCAUUAAAGUCCUCAUUUCUUCAGUUACAUUCUGAUAUGAGUACUGAUGAUUCUGAUUUCUUAGAAGAAAAUGAAACUCAGAAGAAACCCAACAAAAAGCAUACGAAUAAUUCUUCAAAAUAUAAGAAAGUAAACUCAAAGGUCCCAGAAAUUUUCAGAAAUAUUUUUAAAAAAAAAAAGACUGAAAAUAAAAAAUCAAAUAAGGAUAAUGAUAAUGAUAUAGAAGAUGAUGUUGAGGUUGAAAAAAAAAAGAAAAAAAGCUCAAGGGGCUUUCCAGGGCUAAAUAUAUUCGAGGGGAAAAAAUCGAAAAAUAAGCAUAUAGAAACCGAAUAUAAAUACGAAAAUGAAGGAUCAAUUAUGAGAAUGGGAUCUAAAAUAGAGUGGUUUUUAAAAGGAGAAAAGUUUCUUUCAAGAAUAAACAAUUGUGAAGUUAUUAACAAUUAUGUGCAACUUACAGUUCAUACCUUAAUACAAUUUUACUCUACAGAAAUAAGUAACAAAGAAAAUUCUUUUUUUACAAAACGCAAAUAUCCAUCUUUUGAAUUUAAGGUAGAUGUUCAAUGUAAAGAAGAUUCAAAAUGUAUUAAACCUUCUCAAUAUAUAGGAAAACUAAGGCCUAAUCAAAAACUUCUUUUAUCAAAUGCUGUUUCAGUACCUAUUGAUGUAUUAUCUAAAAAUGGCCUAUCUACCAUUAUACAAGGCUUAAAGGCUACAUAUAAAUGCAAUAGUAAACACUGUUAUCCUAAUCAAUAUAACUCUUGUGUUAGAAUUACUUGUUCUUCAAACCAAAAUACUCUUCAACAAGACAAAUGGAAAGCUAAACAGGAAUUACUUAAUAAGGAAAGGUUAAAUAUAAUGGAUUCAACAGUAUCAAAAGAGCUUCAAGUCUUUAGAGAUGAAUCUACAAAAGCUGCAGAAGAAAGGAAGAGAAUUCUUGAUCAGAAGAGUGAACUUAAAGAAGAAAUUCCUAAAAAAGAUGUUGAAGUUAUUGAGGAAAAAGUUUCAUAUGAUAAUAAUUAUGAUAUAAUAAACAAAGAUGAAAGAGAAUCUAAACAAGAUAUUAAUAAUACUACUUUAGUAACUCAAGAGUUUAAACAGAACUCUAAAAAUUUUAACAAUAAAUCAAAUAUAAAUAAAGAUGAAGAAACUAACUUGUCUGUAGAAUACCAAACUAUCCAUGAGGGUGAAGCUAUUGCACCUCCUACUGAAGAAAUACGUCAGCAGAGCUUAGAGCAGCGUCUUAAACGUUCAUUAUCUAUAGCUGAUACAAAUAUAGAUGAAGCAGAGGAUCAAGAACUUCAUGAAAAAAAUCAAGAUGAUGAAUCUUUAAAUCAUAUUGAAUUCAACGAAGUACAGCCUUCAAUACCUAUUGAUAAAGAAACUGAUGAACCAAUAGUUAACAAAUCAAAUGGGAAAAUAGUAAUAUUUAUAACAAUUGGUAUUGCCACCUUCUUACUUAUUCUUGGAGGAAUACUCUGUAUAAUGUGA